AUGAAUCUGCAUGCAAGCAUCCGACUACAAUACUGGCCUAUUGGAGGACUGCGAACGGUCUCAAAUGUAGUGAAAGGCUGUGUGGAGUGCUUCCGGGCCAGGCCCAAAUUUAUGGAACCAAUCAUGGCUAAUCUUCCGAAGGAACGUUUGGAGUGCGUACGGGCCUUUGCUGUUUCUGGCGUCGACUAUUGUGGACCUUUCUUUUACAAAUCAGAAGUUCGCACCAGGUAUCCCAUCAAGUGCUACGUAUCCGUGUUCAUCUGGUUUACAAGCAAGGCUGUGCACUUAGAGCUUGUCAAGGAUCUAACAACUGCUUCGUUUUUAAGUGCUUUGAAAAGAUUCAUUUCUACACGUGGAAAGCCUAGUCAAAUUUGGUCGGACAAUGCUACCAAAUUUGUAGGAGCAAAAAAUGAGUUGACGGAUUUUAAGCGGCUGCUGCUUAGCGAUUCUCAUAUGCAGUCUGUUCAUCAAGCUUGCUUGGCGGAGGGAAUCGACUGGCCUCGCUCACCACACUUUGGCGGAUUGUGGGAGGCAGCAGUCAAGACGGCCAAACACCAUUUCUACCGCUCUGUUGGCCGCCAAACGCCUAGUUUUGAUGAGCUUCGCACUUUGGUUUGUCAGAUUGCGUCAAUCAUUAAUUCUCGCCCCUUGCUAUCCAUUUCAGAGAAUCCAGAUGAUCUUGAUGUUUUGACUCCUGCCCACCUACUUUUUGGUGGCCCUUCUACUACUAUCAUUGAGCCCGAUCCAACCAAGCUCAACUACAACUCUUGGAUGGCUGGCAGCGUGUAA